AUGAUUUGGAAUAAUGAGAGUGAGGCGUAUUCUAAGCUUGGGUUGAAUGCUUUUUGCAGUUGGCAAGAAUGGUUUAUGGCUCAAGAAAGUAGUGGCCGGGAGCAAACUCACCAACCUAUUGUUAGUUGGAACCCACCGUUAAUUGGAAGGUUGAAAUGCAAUGUUGAUGCGGGCUUUAAUGUUAAUCGGGGUACCACAAAUAGAGGUUGGUGUAUAAGAGACCACAUGGGAAUUUUUGUUUAUGCCGGAGCAGCUUGGGAUUUUGUUUCAUUUCCAACUUUAGAAGCGGAAGUGUUGGCCCUCAAAGAAGCUAUCCAGUGUGCUAUUGAUCUUAAUUUAGAGAAUGUUACCUUUGAGAGUGAUUCUCAAAAUACGGUUCAUGCCAUCCAUAGGGAUGUGGUUGGGUCGUCUGAUUUUAGUGCUAUUAUAUCGUCUAUCCGUAGUUUAUUGUUUAAUUGUCCUAACUUUGAGGUAAAGUUUGUAAAGCGCCAAGCGGAUUCGGUUGCUCACGCCAUAACGAAGGCGGCCGAUUCUUGGACUAGGCGUAGUUUCUUUCAUUUGACACCUCCUUGUAUUGAAUCCUUACUUAUUAAUGAUAUGAGUUGA